AUGUCUAAAAAAAAUCUGUGGUUGUACCACACGGCGUCGUUAGACAUGCACAAUAUUGAAGAACCAAGCGAUCGAGCCAGCAUUGACGAUGAAGGUACAAGUCUGUCCAAGACCAACGAGGAGGUAAAAAAACCGCGAACAGGAUAUGAAUGGAAGAACGGAGCAUCCAUUUGCCUAUGUGCAGCAGCAUCGAUCCUAUUCUUGAAUAUCCUCUUCACUAUCAUUGCUGCGUCGCGAGCCCAACAAUCCUCCCGAUCUUUCGAAGCAGAGACAAUCUUUGAGGGGAGCUGCACAAAGGCCAAACGCUGGUCUACAGGAUUCCAUAUCCUGAUCAAUGUGCUUGGCACUAUUCUUCUCGGCGCGAGUAAUUACUGCAUGCAAUGUUUGAGUGCGCCCUCGCGUAAGGAUGUCGACCACGUGCAUGCCCACGGCAAGUGGUUGGACAUCGGGACUCCGAGCGUUGCUAAUUUGAGGGUUAUGAGUUGGGUGCAAAUUAUUAUCUGGUGUCUACUUGUUCUGACUUCUCUGCCGUUUCAUAUCCUCUACAACGCAGCUGUUUUCUCUGCGCUGUCUUCAAAUGCAUAUGGCGUGGUUGCGGUUUCCCCAGGCAGUCCUAUCGGAUCGACAAAUUCGACUACUAGUGCUUGCUAUGAGGACCUGGUGGGAAAAGAUGUUGUACAGGUUCAGGCGAUGUACCAGGGCAAAGAACUGGAGUCCUUAAGCAAAGAGGACUGUAUCAAGGCCUAUGGAGCAGCGUUUCUGACCAAUCGACGGACCCUUCUCCUUGUGACUAACAACAGUUCAAUUAGCUCACCGGGUUUAUUUGUUGGCGUUGGUAGCCCUCCAACCUCGGUGGAUGAUAAUCAAAACCCGUUUGAUUGGAUGUGCACUGGGCCCGAUACUGACUUAUAUGGUGACUUUGGCUCAGGGACGUCACAGUGUCUUCAAUCUGCCGUUCUUAAACAUGUUAAUGGCUGGUCAGUAACUGCUGAACCUUUCGCUAGCAACGAUAUCGUUGUCGCUGGGACAGGCUUUGCGUUUACCAGACAGAACUAUUCCGACCUGCGAUAUUCAUCUUUACCACAGUCCACGCGGGCGGAUAUCAUGGAUCUGGGGGCGUUUCUGGAGUCUCCUUUCAAUACCGUAAAUGAUACUUUGGGCUUUAUACAGAGCCAGAGCUGGCAGACCCAGCGGUUUGAGUCCCAACUCAAUGUGUACAUGUCUGACUCUGUCUGUGCGACUGAUAGUCGCACGCUAUCAGUCUCACCCCCACAGUAUUAUUCGGUAGACCACUGCUUGAGUGAGAAGGUAGAGGAGCAUUGCCGAGUCAUGUACAGUCCAGCGAUUUGUUUAGUGGUUAUCUUGUGCAACGCCGUCAAGGUGAUUUGCAUCAUGUUCACUAUCCGAAUCCGCCGCAAGGAGCUGUUCUUCACUGUUGGCGAUGCCAUCACAUCAUUCAUGAAAUAUCCCGACCGGACCACACUUUGCAGAUCGUGGGUGGACCAAAAGGAGGCAAAGUCAGUAUUUACAAAGCCUCGUCCCAUGAAAUCCAGAACCCUGCCUCCGCGGAGACGAUGGCAUUACGCAGUGGGCCGACGACGCUGGGCUCUAUCCGUCACCUGGUAG